AGCUUCACAUGAGAAUCAUUCAGCAUUUAACUGGAAAAUGGAAACGACUCGUUAGGGAACAGAAAUGAGGUUGUUUUUGGAUGCUUUCUGUAAGGAAAUACUCUGACUCCUCAUGCUGACGGUUCGCGGUAUUUACUCAGCACAAGUCAGUCUUUUGUGUUAAACUGACAUUUUCUACAAGGGUCUUAGUGUGAGGAGCAUCCCGGAGCAUGGACUUGAUGCGUUGACGCCAGAAUCUUUAGCUCCUUCUGGGCACCGGGGCAGUCAGCCGGGGGGGGAACACCCAUGAAAAAUGAUGCAUCAUGGAAUGUGACAAUCUAAACUUUGGGCAACAAUUACGUGUGGAGGAGAGUGACAGCAUGGGUAGCAGAAGAGACACGGAGAUAACAGACUAACGUUGACGAAAAGGAGCCUCCCUCUCAUUGUUUUCUUGUGAAUGUUUGACUAUUAUGCUCGUGGACGUUCCACACACCUAAAGGACCUGGGGGACGGGGCAGUGUGUGUUGUGAUGCUCCAUUUCUUUUCAGGUGUCAGUUUUGGUUUCUCCAGCAAGAUCUGUGCUAUCCCACAAUGGCUCGCUUUGAAGAGGAACUGUCCAGCCGCUAUGGAGGCAGCUGCCCCCCGGGCCCGGCCAGAGGGGCCAGCCGGCUGCCGGGGCCUCCGGGGGUCCCGAGGAUGUACAAGCAGACGAUGGCCCAGAGAGCCAGGACCAUGGCCAUUUACAACCCCAUUCCAGUCAAACAGAGCUGCCUCUCCGUUAACCGCUCUCUGUUCAUCUUCAGUGAGGAUAAUAUCUUACGGAAAUAUGCCAAAAAGAUCACCGAAUGGCCUCCAUUUGAGUACAUGAUCCUGGCCACCAUUAUAGCAAACUGCAUCGUGCUGGCCUUGGAGCAACACCUGCCAGCCUCAGACAAAACACCGAUGUCAGAGCGUUUGGACGACACAGAGCCCUACUUUAUUGGAAUAUUUUGUUUUGAGGCUGGCAUCAAGAUCCUCGCCGUGGGCUUUGCCUUUCACAAAGGCUCCUACCUGCGGAAUGGCUGGAAUGUAAUGGACUUUGUGGUGGUGCUAACAGGGAUCCUGGCAACUGUAGGGGCUGACUUUGAUCUCAGAACACUGAGGGCGGUGAGAGUACUGCGGCCGCUCAAACUGGUCUCCGGUAUUCCAAGUCUUCAGGUGGUAUUGAAGUCCAUUAUGAAAGCCAUGGUACCACUGCUGCAGAUCGGCUUGCUGCUCUUUUUUGCCAUCCUCAUGUUCGCCAUCAUCGGCCUUGACUUCUACAUGGGCAAGUUCCAUCGCACCUGCUUCAGAAUAGACACAGACGAGCAAGCAGCAGAUUUCCCCUGUGGGCUGGAGGCGCCGGCAAGGACCUGCGACAAUGGUACCACCUGCAAGGAGUACUGGACCGGACCCAACUUUGGCAUCACCAACUUUGACAAUAUCCUCUUCGCUGUUCUCACUGUUUUUCAGUGCAUCACCAUGGAGGGAUGGGUAGAGAUUCUAUACAACGCCAACGAUGCCUCAGGGAACACGUGGAACUGGCUGUACUUCAUCCCCCUCAUCAUCAUCGGUUCCUUCUUCAUGCUCAACCUGGUGUUAGGUGUGCUGUCAGGGGAGUUUGCCAAGGAGAGAGAGCGGGUGGAGAAGAGGCAAGAAUUCCUGAAGCUCCGCAGACAACAGCAAAUAGAGAGAGAGUUAACUGGGUAUCUGGAGUGGAUCUGCAAAGCAGAGGAGGUGAUGCUGGCCGAGGAAGACAAGAACGCAGAGGAGAAAUCUCUGGAUGGAGCGUGGUACAAAAGGAAACACAACAACUCUGUGCUGAAAAGGACCAAGAAGAGUAAGAAUGACCUCAUCAAUGCAGAGGAAGGUGAAGACCACUUCACGGACAUCUCAUCUGUUGGCAUGUUUGAGGGGACAGUGGAAUUAUUUAAUUUUGAAGAUGAAACGCCGACAACCAACUUUGACACAUUCCCAGCAGCCAUUCUCACCGUCUUCCAGAUCCUCACUGGGGAGGACUGGAACGCAGUCAUGUACCAUGGGAUCAAAUCACAGGGGGGCGUUAAAAGAGGAAUGUUCUCUUCCAUAUAUUUCAUAAUUCUCACUCUCUUUGGAAACUACACGCUGCUCAACGUGUUUUUGGCCAUCGCUGUCGAUAACCUCGCCAAUGCCCAGGAGCUCACUAAGGAUGAAGAGGAGCAAGAGGAGGCCAUCAAUAAGAAGCUUGCACUCCAGAAGGUCAAGGAGGUAAAGGAGGUCAGCCCCAUGUCAGCCACUAAUAUUUCCAUCACAGCUUUUCUAACACGCAGUCGGCGUAACGAGCACUCUAGCAGCUCAUCCAUCUGCAGCGUUAACUCACUGAGUUAUGUCUGCACCCCAGUCCAUCACUACCUGAGUAAGGAGCAGCAGAAGUCAAUGAAGACAAUGUCGGUGUGGGAGCAGAGGGCCAACCAGCUGAGGAGGCAGAAUCAGGCGAGCUGCGAGGCCCUCUACAGUGAGCUGGAGCUUGAGGAUCGUCUCCGCCUGGCCUCCGCCCUCCACAUCCGGCCCGACAUGAAGACCCACCUCGACCGGCCGCUGGUUGUUGAGCAUCUUGAUGGGCCUUUGCUGGCUGGCAACCAGCACCACCAUCACAAGCCCUGCAUGCCAGAGGAGGCCGAGACUGCCACUGACCCUCCUCCUCCUGUGCCUCACCAGUCCCGCCGCCACCACCGCCAUAGAGACAGGGGCAGGAACAACGGAACGACGAAUGAUAACGGCGGAACCAGUAAGAACAGGGGCCACCACGUUCAUCACAGCCGCUCCAAAGACCACGACGGCAAAGAGGCGAAAAGCGAGAGAUCCCGCAGCCGAGAGGGAGGCAGAAGACAUCACCAUCAGAGCUCAGUGGAUGACAGCGGUGGUGGAGGAGGCACAAGCGAGAGAGAUUAUCGGCAUCAUCAUUCCCACCGGCAGUCUCGAGGGGGCAACGGUACAGUGAACAUUGGAGGGAGGGGAGAGCGAAGAUCCCGCCCCAAAGAUGGGCAUUCUUUUAACAGGGAUGGGGAAAGGAAUUCCAGAGGAGACAGCAGUGCCAAUGGAGAAAGGAGGAGAUAUCGGACUCAUGGAUCCAGGGGCCAAUCCACAGUUGAAGGAGAGGAGUCCAACGAGAGAGAGAAGAGCCACAGUCACAGGGACAGGUCUGGUGACUCAGAGGGGGAGUCUCUUGCCCUCUCCCCGCAGCAGGGUUCUGGGGGUGCCAACUGGCCAACCGACCAACCAGAGGACUCAGACAACCAGAGGAACGUCAGAAGAACUGGCCAAACCUCCAUCCAAAUUCCUCCUGUGACUAUUACCUCCCCACCUGGAGACACCACCCUCAUACAAAUGAACAGUAUUGACUGUGAGACUAUGCCCAUGAAUGAGAAGACCCAGGGGGAUCUCGGACCAAGUGGACCCAAGCCCAUCCUGCCUUACAGUUCUAUGUUCAUCUUUGGGCAGACCAAUCCGGUGAGGCGCUUAUGUCACUACAUUGUGACUCUGCGUUAUUUUGAGAUGACCAUCCUGGUUGUCAUUGCCAUGAGCAGUAUUGCUUUGGCAGCAGAGGAUCCUGUGUGGACCAACGCCCCUCGCAACAAUGUGCUCAAAUAUCUUGACUAUGCCUUUACUGGUGUUUUCACUUUUGAAAUGGUGAUCAAGAUGGUGGACCUUGGCCUGUUGCUUCAUCCUGGAGCCUACUUCAGAGACCUGUGGAACAUUCUGGACUUCAUAGUGGUCAGUGGGGCGCUGGUGGCUUUUGCAUUUUCGAGCUUCAUGGGUAGAUCGCAACAAGGUGUGACCAGGGGGACCAAAGGCAAAGACAUCAGCACUAUCAAGUCACUGAGGGUUCUCCGAGUGCUCAGGCCUCUCAAGACUAUCAAACGUCUGCCAAAACUCAAGGCGGUGUUUGACUGUGUGGUUAAUUCUUUGAAGAACGUGCUGAACAUCCUCAUUGUUUACAUCCUCUUCAUGUUCAUCUUUGCUGUCAUCGCAGUUCAACUCUUCAAGGGGAAAUUCUUCUUCUGCACAGACGAGUCCAAGGGCCUGGAGAAGGACUGCAAAGGACAGUUCCUAGACUACGACACAGAGGAGGUGGCCGCCAUGCCCAGGGAGUGGAAGAAAUAUGAGUUCCAUUAUGAUAAUGUGCUGUGGGCCUUUCUGACCCUCUUCACUGUCUCCACUGGGGAGGGCUGGCCAACUGUUUUGAAGCACUCUGUGGAUGCUACUUUUGAAGACAAAGGCCCGAGUCCAGGCUACAGGAUAGAAAUGUCCAUCUUCUAUGUGGUUUACUUUGUGGUCUUCCCUUUCUUUUUUGUCAACAUCUUUGUUGCUCUGAUCAUCAUCACCUUCCAGGAGCAGGGAGACAAGGCCAUGUCUGAGUGCAGCUUGGAAAAGAAUGAGAGGGCUUGUAUUGACUUUGCCAUAAAUGCCAAACCCCUGACACGCUACAUGCCCCAGAACACGCAGUCCUUCCAGUACAGGAUGUGGAAGUUUGUGGUCUCACCUCCGUUUGAGUACUCCAUCAUGAUCAUGAUCGCCCUCAACACUGUGGUGCUCAUGAUGAAGUUCCAUGGAGCGCCAGACUUUUAUGAAGCAAUGCUGAAGAACCUCAACAUAGUCUUCACCACACUCUUCUCUCUGGAGUGUAUCCUCAAGAUCAUUGCUUUUGGUCCAUUGAACUACUUAAAGGAUGCCUGGAACGUGUUUGACUUUGUCACAGUGUUGGGCAGCAUCACUGACAUCCUGGUGACUGAAAUCAAUACUACGGACAGGCUGCUAAACCUGAGCUUCCUGAGGCUGUUCAGAGCCGCUCGGCUCAUCAAGCUGCUGAGACAGGGCUACACUAUCCGCAUACUGCUCUGGACCUUCGUCCAGUCUUUCAAGGCCCUGCCUUAUGUUUGCCUUCUGAUUGCUAUGCUAUUCUUCAUUUAUGCCAUCAUUGGGAUGCAGGUGUUUGGCAACAUUGAGAUGAAUGAGGACACAGCCAUUAAUCACCACAACAAUUUCCGUACUUUCCUCCAAGCUCUCAUGCUGCUGUUCAGGAGUGCAACUGGCGAGGCCUGGCACGAGAUCAUGUUAUCAUGUUUGAGCCACAGAGUUUGUGACGAGCGAUCAGGAUCCCAUGGGAAAGAGUGCGGAAGUGAUUUUGCCUACUUCUACUUUGUUUCUUUUAUCUUCCUCUGCUCCUUCCUGAUGCUGAACCUGUUUGUGGCUGUCAUAAUGGAUAACUUUGAGUACCUGACCAGAGACUCCUCCAUCCUGGGGCCUCAUCAUCUCGAUGAGUUCAUCCGGGUUUGGGCCGAGUACGAUCCGGCUGCAUGUGGCCGUAUCAAGUACCUCGAUAUGUAUCAGAUGCUGCUCCACAUGUCCCCACCCUUAGGUUUGGGAAAGAAAUGUCCACCAAGAGUCGCCUACAAGCGUCUCGUCAAAAUGAACAUGCCCAUCGCUGAUGACAACAGCGUCCAUUUUACCUCCACCCUAAUGGCCCUUAUUCGCACUGCCUUGGAGAUCAAACUGGCUUCAGGCAUUGUAGCCCAGCGAUUAUCUGAUGCUGAGUUAAAGAAGGAGUUGUCUACAGUGUGGCCCAGCCUCUCUCAAAAGACCAUGGAUUUGUUGGUGACGCCACAUAAACACAAUGAACUGACGGUAGGGAAGGUUUAUGCGGCCCUGAUGAUCUUUGACUACUAUAAGCAGAAUCGAGCGAGAAGGCUGCAGCAGCAGCAGCAACAGGGCUCCCAGUGCAAGGUCGGGGCUCUGUUUAAGCCAUUGCUGCCUCUGACUCACAUGCAGGAGAACGAUCUGCCUAUGAUGUUAAACAGUGUGGAGCCUCCCAGCAUGCUUCAGCCCCAGCCUAAAUCCAAUGCCAAGUCCAAGCCACAGACCAGACCUAGCUCCAACUCCCUCAACAAUGGAGGCACGCUGCCAGGACAUGACCACAACAUCAAGGCAUCAUCUUCCUGGGUGAUGGAGAAACCUAAGGAGGCGCCCCGUGCUAAGACUAAGAGCACCAUGUCCAGGGGCCCAUCAGAGGACACACCGGACUCUGCUGUCAUGCAGGAGUUGGUGGAGAUGGAGAAUAUGGAGACCAGUGCCAGCCGUACAAUCCCAGUCCCUGGCUCAGGUCUAGAGAACCAGGGCAGAGCUGCUUCUAUGCCUCGACUCAAUGCUGAGCUGCAGCGGAGCCACUCACACCACUCUCCAGGGAUCCAUCUAGCUUCUGUUUCUGAUGCCAGCCCUAUGAAGCGCUCCGCCUCCACUGUGGCCCCACAGCGGCCCCAGGAGGUCAACCUGAGGGACUACACCGUGGAGAAACCCAGUCAGGAUCGAGUCCACCACCAUCACCACCACCACCGCUGCCACCAUCGCAGAGACAGGGACAGAGAAAAAGACAGAGAAAAGAGGCAGAGGUCUUUGGAUACACCUUUGGGUGGACAACCACCCAGCUCUGCUGGUGCACCAGCAGAGCAAGAGUCUGAGCAAGCUGCCUCCAGAGAGCGAGCCCACGACCGUGGCCGCUCCCACAACAGGAAACAGCACUCUUCGGCGGACAAGCAGCGCUACUACUCCUGCGACCGCUACUGCAGCCGGGAACACUGUCACACCAAAUCUGCCACCGCCAGCUGUGCCGCCUCCCCCAGCGAGGGGCAGGAAACCAGCAACAAGCAGGGCAGUGGUUGGGUUAAAGGCAGCCCAGUGGCACUGAGCUCCAGUUCUAGAACGCCAACCCGCGGACGUCGGCAGCUCCCACAGACCCCCCUCACCCCGCGGCCCAGGGUGGCUUACAAGACUGCCAAUACAUCCCCUGUGCACUUUGUGUCCAGCCAAGCCUCUCUGAGUUCCGGCCGGCUGAGCCGCGGCCUCUCGGAGCACAACGCCCUCUGGCACAGCGGCUCCCACUACUUCCCUUGCCCCGUCACUCGUAUCAGCUCCGAGCCCUUCUUGGGCCAGGGCCACGGAGAGGCCCUGGGUAGCCUCUACGGCAGCCUUUGGGACCAGCUGGACGUCUUUCAGGAUGCAGUGUCACUGUUGCCCAGCCCCCGUGCAGGACGCUCAUCUCGGACCGCACUGCCUCGCAUGAUGGGAGCCGUGCUUCCUACUCCGCAGCAGAACCUUGGGGUGCCCAACGGGUACCACUUCAGCUCCGGGGGCAGCACCAGCCCAGGCUCUGGUGUUGGGGCACACAGGUAUUACCAGGAGGCAGAAGAGGAUGAAUGGUGCUAGCAUGGCUUUAAACCAACCUUUUUAAUGCAUUUUUGAGGAAUUGUGAUGAGUUUUAUCAUCUUCUUACAAGGCUUUAGUUUACAGUACAUUAUCAAUGUGUGUAUUUAAUGCUGUGUUUUUAUCCUAACUUGGAGAGCAAAGGUUAGGGAGAACAUCUAAAGAGGGAGAACGUGGGUAAUAUUUGAACAAUAAAAGUGUCAUCUUUAUAAAAAGACACGUAGCAUUAUGAAACAGAGUAGACUUUUGCCAAUAGCAGAUGUGUUACUGUAGCUGUCUUGAUUUGUGUUGACUGUUUUGUUGACACCACCAUAUUGACCCUCAAACAGCAUAACAUGAUAAACAAAGACUAUAUAUUAAGAUGAUAAAAUCUCCUGAUGUUGGAAGAAUAGAGAAGAUCCAUAUAAAUCUUUGGAUGAUUGAGAUAAACUACCAGAUCUGCUGAGUGUCAUUCAUACCGGCAGUCUGUAUUCCAGGAAAACCAUUCACAUAAAGACUAGUGCUGAUAUAUUUAGCUGUUUCUCUUCAGGGUCAUUUGUUUCUGAUUACUGAGCAGUAAAGCUUUAUUCACAUUAAAGCAAAAAAGAGGUUAUUUUUGCACUGGUCAUGCUGCUUUGCUCUUAAUAAUCUACGAUGAGUCUGUUCAUCGAACUCUAUGGUUUAAUCUUUCUAAUAGAAAUUUAAAAAAAUCUUAAAACUGUAUAAAUAGUUUUUUGCCCCGGGCAUUUGGAGGAAGCACAACAACCUGUAAAUACAACAUUGACAUAUUAUUUUACCUUAUUUUACCUACCCUAUUACCUUAUAAAGUUCAUGAGCUUAAGGCGAGACACUACAUGCUAGUGGAAAGAAAACAACAAAGUCCACAUUCAGGAGUU